UAUAUUGUUAACUACCGGGUUGCAAUUGUAUAGUGUAAAGCAGAAUGAAAAUGCUUUACCAAACUUUUAUUUCAGUAGUAUUUUUUGAAGUUGGUGUUUUAACCAUCGUAGUUAACAGUUUAGACAGUUGUCAAGAUCCAGCUGACAUUGGAUUUCUGGUGGAUGCUUCAGGGAGUGUUGGUAUUGGUGAAUUUAAUGAAGCAAAGAAUUUCCUCAUAAAUUUCAUUAAACAAUUUGACAUUGCAAACCAAGCAGUGAAAAUCAGCGCCUUCGCAUUUAAUCGUCAAGUUCAAGGUGGUUUUUACUUUAAAAAUUUCUCAACUGAGCAAGAAAUCUCAGCUGCCAUCCACGGUAUUGUGUACACAGGUGGUGGUUCUGACUUCGAUAUACCAUUAACCUUUGCUAGGGAACACAUGUUUGUGCCACAGAGUGGCGCACGGGGUUAUACAAAGAAAAUAUUAAUAUUCAUAACAGAUGGUGAUGCUUCUACUACGGAUGAGCCUGGACAACUAUUACGUGACAUGGAUGUAGCCGUCUACGCUAUUGGCGUCGGCUCCAAUGUAAACACUGAAAACUUGGACAAGAUUGCAACAAGUGCUAACCAUCGAUAUAUAGUUUUGAGUUUUUCCUUGAUAAAUGAUAUCAAGCAACGACUCACAUCUCAGGCUUGCGAAGAAAUCGGGGAACAUGUGAAGGACCAUCCUUGUAAGACAAACACAAACCUAUGUAAUUUUGGACUUUGUCGGAUUACUGGGACUAUCAGUUAUAGAUGUGAUUGUGACUUCGGGUACACUGGUAAUCAUUGUGAAAUAGAUAUAAAUGAGUGUGAAGGUGUCACCUGUCUCAAUCAAGGAACAUGUGUUGAUCACGUAGGAUACUUUAUUUGUAACUGUCGACAAUUUUAUGAGGGCACUUAUUGUGAAACAAAUAUCUGUGAACCUGUUGCAGCCGACGUUGUAUUUGUAAUUGAUGUAUCGGCAUCGAUGGAUUCUACGUUUCUAAACCAUGCAAAAGAUCAUGCAGAGCUUACUACUAAGGAAUGGCAAAUUGACGAUGAUCAUUUUCAGAUUGCGUUGGCAACUGUUGGAGAAUCCGCAAACACGGUUCUUGGAUUUUCAAAUAUUGUAACUAAAGAGGACCUUCGGAAUGGUAUUACCAAUUUAAGUCUUAAAAACGAACCUUCGAAUGUUCAUCUUGGUCUUUCUAAAGCAGUUAAACUGCUUAAUACCAAAGGCCGAUCGAAUGUUAAGAAGAAGAUAAUUUUAUAUUCUGAUGGUUUGCCGUCAAAUCCACCUGCACUUGAACAAACCCUCUCCUACUUACAGCACUAUUCAAACAUCGAAAUAUAUACAGUGGCGAUAGGAGUAGACGUUUCUCAUUACUUUCUGUCACGAAUAUCAAGAGAUGUUUCCAACGUGUUUCCAUACAACUCAGACGCUUUAUGGCAUCAUAUUAUGCAGGAUUUGAUUAGAACGGAAUGCAAUGCUUGCAUCGACUCUGAACAAGCUGAUGUAAUCAUAAUAGUUGAUUUAGCAGGAAUACAACAAGAAGAUCUGAAUUCUGUUGUUCCGACAUCACUAGUCAAAAUAUUGUCGCAAAUACGUCUUGGUAAUAAUGCUGCUAAAUUGGCUUUAGUAACAUUCAGUGAAGAAGCAAGUGCACGUUUUAGUUUUAAUGCUUAUUUAGAGAACAAUCGAGUCGAACUGCAAAGAUCAUUGUCAUCGUAUGAAGGCAUAACCGAAAAAUCAUCAAACAUUUCAGAAGCAUUGAAACUGGCAGAAGCUCUUUUAGGUGAUCCAACCGAAGGAGCUAGAUCAUCAGCAAAGAAAGUUGUUCUUGUGAUCUCAGAAUUCAAAAACUCAUUGAAUGAACAAGACCUUAGAUAUGCAGAGGUAUUGAGGAAUAACGGAAUUCACAUGCACACGAUUGGUAUUUUCACUGAUGAUAUUGCUUUUGAUACAAUGUCAGGUCUUGCGUCAACAUCAUACCAUAUAGGUAUUAAUGGCAAUAUUUAUGUUGACCAAAUUGAUACUUACAUUGACUCGUUUGUUCAAGAACUUAAAUCAUUACAUUGUAUAUUACCCAUUUAGUUUAUGUUUCCUUUUUUUAAUUGCUUGUUCUUCUUUAUGCAAAAUUCUUUUGUAGAUGUUCGUAUACUUUGUUACGUCAAUGUAUUUGUUUUCUUUAUAAGAUUUUUUUUUUAUCUUCCAUUUUUAUUUCCAUUAGUACAUUAAAUGUAUAUAGACAAUAUGUCCUAAUGAUAUGUUCCAAAUAAUUAUUCUACCAUAUGCAGUUGUUACUGGUAGAACUAACUCACAAUGUGUUAGAUUGUGACUAUAGAGAAUAGUGGACGUAGUUCAACGAAUUCGUCAAGCCUUCAUUGUAGUGCAGUUUCAUUCCCGAAGGCUUUUUCAUGACUCACUGUUUCAUUUGUCAAGGUACCAUUAUGUACAAUUCAUUCCGCGAUUUUUCAUUUUAAGGCAUUGUUGCAUUAAUCAGAGCUAUGUCAUAAUGCUGUGUGACAUACUAUUAUUUUUUUAUUCGCUAAGGAACUAUUGAAGUAAUGCUUUUGAUACACACAAUGUAAGUAGUUUGAGCAAAAACUAUUCGAUAGAAGUCAUAUGUACUUUUUAUUUAUGUAAUGUAAAUCUGUUUCACCGUUUGUUUAUGUUGUCCUAUUAUCUAAUAUUAUAAAAAAAUAAAAGUUAAA